AAUAAUUCGGAAUACAAACUUGGACGGUGCCCGGAUAAUGGAAGAAAAAUGCUUAUUAUCACAUUAUUGUUGUCGUUUUAUUUGACAUCGCCAGUAUUCGGCCUGAUGAAGGUCACAACAUACAAUUUAUGGAACAUAAUGUUUAACUGGGAUGUUAGAAAAUAUCGAAUAGCAAGAAUGAUAAGGGAAGAACAGUCUGAUGUCAUUGGUUUUCAAGAGGUGAGAUUUGAUGCUGAAACAGGAAGGAACCAGGUGUCUGAUCUUCAGAAACUGCUUCCUGAAUACCAGUGGUCAUUUAUAAGUAAAGCAAAUGAUGUAUCAAGGAAGGAUAACUCGAUUCAUAGAGGAUGGAAGGGAGAAGGUAUUGGAAUAUUGAGCAGAUAUCCAAUUGUAUCUGCAAAUAGAAAAGUUGUUCCAUAUCAGCAGGGACCAGACACAAAUAAAAGAGUAAUUAUUCAUGCUAAAGUUAGGACAGAUCACUCAGGAAUCCUGGAUGUGUUUGUUGUUCAUUUCUCUUAUGUGAGACAGCAACAGUGUGAAAAUGCAGAUGCCCUUUUACAUUUACUCAGAGAAAGAAGCUAUCGAUAUGUUGUCAUCCUUGGAGAUAUGAAUGUCUAUAACGAUUUUGAAUGGCCAUUAAAGUUGCUGACUUCAAAACGCAGGACAGAUUUCAAAGGCUGCAUACCCCAAUUAGAAAGCUUUCGACGAAAAAGACAAACAUUUUUGGAUGCUUGGACCGAGGUACAUGGAUUGGAAGAGGCUGGAUAUACUUUCAGCAACAUGCCAUCCCCAGGACUGGAGAGCCGUCCAGACAGAAUUAUUGUUAAUUCUAAAAUGGAAAUAAAGGCUGCCUCACUUACUGGAGAUGGUUCCUUCUACAAAGACAAGUAUAGCUCCAGCAUCAGUUUCCACAGACUAAAAUCCUUGAUCCACCACUCCUAUCUCAGUUACAUGGGAGUGACAGGCUAUGCAUGUCUACAGGACUGUGGACCACAUGGUUCAUGUCGAUGUGGAAUGUGUGUGAAGGGGGAUAACUCCAACAACUGUGAUUUGCCAAAUUGUCAGGAGUGCAACCAAGAUACCUACAAAAACAUAGUGUUGUUUGCCUUUGUUUUCAUUUUUGUUUGCUUUCACAUAUUUUUUGCUGUUUUAAUUAUUUUUAUUAAUGGUGCAGAUUUUAGAAGAGAGGCAGUGUUUCAAAUCUUGGGUUGUAACUGUUGUUUAUGUCAUCCAGACAAUUUUAAAAAGCACCGCUCUUCCACAAGAGUUAAACUCUUUAGAUGCUGCAUGAGGUGGCCAUUAUUUAGAAUGCCUCCUUUUUAUUUAUUACUUUUCUCCAUUUUAAGUUUGGCUAUUGCCUUAUAUAGUUUUAACAAGGUAUUUGUAGAUUCAUUUAGAACUAUUUCAAUGGUCAUGGAUGAGGAAUAUUAUCCCUCUGAUCAUCUGAUGCUCUCUGCUGUGAUAGCUAUAUAACUUUUAAAUUUUACGCCCUGUAAUCAAGAUUUGUGGGGUAUACAGUUUUGUGCUAUCCCCUCAUAUUUGAUUGAAUAGAGCUAUAAAUAUGCUUUUCAUAUUUCUCGUUAUUUCUUCUGACAAGACUUUUCAUUGGGUACCAACAUAGUUUGACCCAUCGUCUCUAAAUAACAACAUUUUUGAUCUCUUGACUUUGGAGUUUGACUAUCUGGUACCUCUUUUUUACAUUGAAGAAUGAGUCCCUUUUCACACUGCCUCAAUUUUAAGCUAUAUUACUCUGUUAUUCUGAAGCAAAUGAGACAGGUUAAAUAUGCAUUUACAUGUAUAGAUCCCAAUUGAUCAUAUCAGGUCAAACCAAUGUUUUAUGGCAUUCAUAUAAUUUAUUUCAGAUUUAUUUUAACAGCCAAGCUGCUAUUUUGAUGAUAUUUUUGAAAUAUCAAUCAGGCAAAAAUUAAAUAUUAUUGAUGUGUUACCAUGUCCCUCUACUUUUAAUAUAUAAUUGUAUCAGGAUAUAUCUCUGUUUCAACUGUAUAUGCUUGAUGAAAAUAAAGCAAGUGAAUGACA